CACAGCAACACAGGAUCAGGCCCUGCGGACCCUGCACCUGCCUGGAAGCAAGAUGUGUCUUCAACAGUUGAUCAUCUCCUGGUUUUCCCUGGUGUUCCUGGCAUCUCCCCUCCUGGCCAUAUGGGAACUGGAAAAAGAUGUUUACGUGGUGGAGCUGGACUGGCACCCUGACGCCCCCGGAGAGGUGGUGGUCCUCACCUGCAGCACCCCUGAGGAAGAUGGCAUCACCUGGACGUCGGAACAGAGCGGUGAGGUCUUAGGCUCCGGCAAGACCCUGACCAUCCAAGUCAAAGAGUUUGCAGACGCUGGCCAGUACACCUGUCAGAAAGGUGCUGAGGUGCUGAACCACUCGCUCUUGCUGCUUCACAAAAAGGAAGAGGGGAUUUGGUCCACGGAUAUUUUAAAGGACCAGAAAGACCCCAAAAGUAAGACCUUUCUAAAAUGUGAGGCAAAGAAUUAUUCUGGACAUUUCACCUGCUGGUGGCUGACAGCAAUCAGUACUGAUCUGAAAUUCAGUGUAAAAAGCAGCAGAGGCUCUUCUGACCCCCAAGGGGUGACAUGUGGAGCAGCAACACUCUCUGAGGAGAGGGUCCGAGUGGACCACAGGGAGUAUCAGAAGUACACAGUGGAGUGUCAGGAGGACACUGCUUGCCCGGCCGCUGAAGAGAGCCUGCCUAUCGAGGUUGUGGUGGACGCCGUUCACAAGCUCAAGUAUGAAAACUACACCAGCAGCUUCUUCAUCAGGGACAUCAUCAAACCUGAUGAGCCCAAGAACCUGCAGCUGAAGCCUUUAAAUUCUUCUCAUGUGGAGGUCAGCUGGGAGUACCCCGACACCUGGAGCACUCCACAUUCCUACUACUCCCUGACGUUCUGUGUUCAAGCGCAGGGCAAGAGCAAGAGAGAGAAGAAAGGGAAACACUGCGUGGACAAAACCUCAGCCGAGGUCACCUGCCACAGAGACGCCAAGAUCCGGGUGCAAGCCCGGGACCGCUACUACAGCUCGUCCUGGAGCGAGUGGGCAUCUGUGUCCUGCAGCUAGGUUCCAAUUCCAGGAUGAAACCUUGGAGGAAAAGUGGAAGAUAUCAGGCAGAAUUUUGAAAGGCAUGAUGGAACAGACACAAAAAGAUAUUUUCUACCCAGUUUGCUUUUUUGUUAAAAUCAUAAUGGUGUCUUUGCUAUAUUUUUAUAUGUAAAUGCUAAUGCCCACUGAAAGAAACAAUUUAUUUAUGGGUUUACCAGCUAUCAGGUUGCCACUGGCCUUAAUGCUAUUGUCCAUAUUUAAAUAAUUUAUGUAUUUAUUAAUUUAUUACUGUUAUUUAACAUUUUUGUGCCAAGAUGUAUGUUUCUGGUGACCUGAUCCAUAAGGAAUGUGCCCUACCAUGCAAAAUGUGUAUUGAAGUGUUAUUUAUACCCACAACUUUUCAAAUGAGGCUGAGAGUGCAUUGGUUUUAAUGGCAGCAAGUCAGUACAUGAUGUUCUGAUGCAAGCGUAAUAAUAUAUUUACAAUGGAUGAGAACACAAGAGAUAUUUAAAUGUAGACAUUGAGACAGGAACCUGUUUGAAGAGGUCCUAGAGAAGAAGAUAUUAGUUCUCAUAUCCAUGAAGAAGACUUCCGUUUAAGUGGUGUUGAUAAAGCAAUUCAGUGUCACCUGCUCUUCAAGCAAGUUUAGCCUUUGGAUGCUUGAAUUUAGAAAGGACCAAAAAGAAGAUUGAAAUUGGAAUUGUCAGCCUCGUUGGCAGUUCCCAUCACCAUAUAUCUGCAAGACACGGACAGGUGACACAGAGACCUCCCAAGUGUCUGGAAACUAAAAAGAUCCUGUGAUUCAAGAGGGAGGACAAGUGUAGCUAUGGCCAAGGACAUAAAAUUGUCAGAAUUGCAAGUUGCUUCUUAAUAGCCACUUGAAAAAGCAGUCAGAGAUGCCGAGAAAGUGAUGAAGAAUUGUUUACUUAUCAGCCUCAGGGAAACUGACAUGUGGGUAUGACCAAGAAAGUAUCAAUUAAGGUGCUACUUUAAGAUAACAAAAGUGUUUCUGUGAAGUGAUUGCAUUUGUUUUCUAUUUAUUUAUUUAUUUUUACAUUCUGAGGCUAAACUAAU